UUUCAUUGCGUCAGAAACGAAAGAAGUUGUUGCUGGGCACUUCCGCUAAUCAAAAUGACAGUGUACACCCUAUACAUAUUUGACAGAAAUGGAACGUGUUUGUACUACACUGAGUGGAAUAGGAAAAAGCAGUCGGGCAUGAGCAAAGAUGAGGAGUUCAAGUUGAUGUAUGGCAUGAUACAUUCCAUAAAGUCUUUUGUACAGAGGAUUUCACCUACGGAUUUAAAAGAAGGAUUUUCAAGCUUUAGAACUAGCAGAUACAAACUGAAUUUCUAUGAGACACCUAGUGGUAUGAAGUUUAUCAUGACAACUGAUUUAUCAGUGGGGAACAUCAAAGAUGUUUUACAUCAAAUCUACAGCACUAUAUAUGUGGAAUAUGUGAUUCGGAAUCCACAAUGUGAAUUAGGACAACCCAUCACAAGUGAAUUGUUUCAAAACAAACUGGAUGAAUAUGUCAGAGGACUACCUAUCUUCCCAACAAGGAUAUCUUAACACACCAUUACUAAUUAAAUUAACUAAUUAACUAUAAAAGUGUAUUUUAUGACACACAAGUAAAAUAUCUUUGAAAAGUUUCAUGUUCGGUAUUCAUUGAAAGUACAAGAUUUUCUUUUGAAGAAACAUGCUUUUGCUUACAUGUAUACACAAACUACAUGAAAUAUUAAAUGAAAUUGAAUUUAUUGUGUAAGUUUUAAAGUGUAAUGAUAGCAGUAUGUUGUUU